UUGAAAGCUCACUCGCAGUUGGAUGCGAGAAUUGAAGGAGAAUUGUGGUAUGCACACAACUUUUCCUACACGUUUGUUGAAUUGGUUCAAAACGCGAUCAUAAAAUGUACGGUUUUGUAAACUACGCGUUGGAAUUGCUCGUAAUUAAAACGUUUGGAGAGGAAAUUUGGGAGAAAAUUAAGAAAGAUGCUGAAGUUCAAAUGGAAGGGCAAUUUUUGGUUCGGCAAAUAUACGAAGAUGAGUUAACUUAUAAUUUAAUUUCUUCGGCUGUUGAUAUUUUAAAUAUUCCAGCAACUGCAAUUUUGGAAUUGUUUGGAAAAACAUUUUUCGAAUUCUGCCAAGACUCCGGUUACGAUAAAAUUUUACAAGUUUUAGGAGCCACACCACGAGAUUUCUUACAGAAUUUAGAUGCUCUUCACGAUCAUUUAGGAACUUUAUACCCUGGAAUGAAAGCGCCAUCAUUUCGAUGUACGGAAAGACCAGAAGACGGAGCUUUAGUCCUUCAUUAUUAUUCAGAUCGACCAGGUUUAGAACAUAUUGUAAUUGGAAUUGUAAAGGCUGUUGCGAGUAAACUUCAUAACACCGAAGUUGAUGUUCAAAUCCUUCUAACGAAACAAGAAGGAGAUCACGUCCAAUUCGUUAUAACGGAAACGUCCGCUCCUAAAAGACAGCAAUUACCGGAAAUUGAAGAAAUCGAAACAUUAUCUUUAGAACCAAAAUUAAGCACUGCAACGUUUUGCCACAUUUUUCCUUUUCAUAUAAUGUUCGAUAGGGAUUUGCAAAUCGUUCAAACUGGCGAUUCCGUAGCGAGAGUUAUUCCGCAAGUUUUAUUAUCCGGUUGCAAAGUAACCGAUGUUUUGGAUACGGUCCGUCCCCAUUUAGAUUUUACAUUCGCCAACAUCCUUUCGCACAUCAACACGAUUUACGUUUUAAAAACUCGACCAGGAGUGAUGUGUGUCGAUGAUAACACCACCAUGGAAUAUCGCACUUUGCGUUUAAAGGGACAAAUGUUGUAUGUUCCCGAAACGGAUUUAGUUAUUUUUUUGUGUUAUCCAAGCGUUAUGAAUCUCGACGAUUUAGUCAGACGGGGUCUUUUUAUCAGCGACAUUCCUAUUCAUGACGCGACGAGGGAUUUGGUGCUUAUGUCUGAACAAUUUGAGGCUGAUUAUAAACUAACUAGGAAUUUAGAAAUAUUAACCGAUAAACUUCAACAGACUUACAGGGAAUUGGAUAGUGAGAAGAAAAAAACUGAUAGAUUGUUGUAUUCGGUUUUACCGAUUAGCGUUGCAAACGAAUUGCGUCAUAAAAGACCGGUUCCAGCGAAACGUUUCGACUGUGUCACUUUACUGUUCAGUGGGAUCGUUGGGUUUGCUAAAUAUUGCGCGAGCCACUCAGAUUCAAAAGGUGCCAUGGUUAUUGUUAAGAUGUUAAAUGAAUUGUACACGGAAUUCGAUGAAUUAACCGAUCCCAAACAAAAUCCUAAUGUUUAUAAAGUAGAAACUGUUGGUGAUAAAUACAUGGCUGUUAGUGGCCUCCCAGAACCAUGCUCAACCCACGCAAGAGACAUGGCGAGAUUAGCUUUGGAUAUGAUGGAUUUGGGUAAAAAAGUCAUGAUCGACGGCGAAACUGUGAGAAUUACAAUUGGAAUACAUUCCGGAGAAGUUGUAACUGGGGUAAUCGGUCAUCGAAUGCCUCGUUAUUGCCUCUUUGGAAACACGGUAAAUCUAACGAGUCGAACUGAAACAACGGGAGAACCAGGAAAAAUAAACGUUUCUGAAGACGCUUAUAAGUUUUUGUGUAAAGAGGAAAAUCACGACGAUAGUUUUCAUUUCGAAUACCGAGGACCGAUCGCGAUGAAAGGAAAAGCGGAAGCGAUGAAUGUUUGGUUUUUAACAAGAGUUAAAGUUUAGGAUUUAAAGUAGAAAGGUAAAUAUCUGUUUAAACUGUUCUUUAAACUUUCUUUACGUUUAU